AUGAAGGUGAUGCUUGCGAAGCUCUACGCCUACCAACGCUUGGACCACGACGAGAUCAUCAACCAGGCCCUGAAGGGCAUCGACGAGUUCCCCUGGCAAGUACCAGAUUACGUUCCAGUGAUCUACAACGGUGUAUUUGGUGACCAGAGAUGCAAGAAUGUCAACGGAUUCCCCAAUCCCCCACCUGGACAGGGUAUUCUCUGUCCAAAACAAAAAGGCGGCAGCGGUGGGACUGUGGGCCCAGACGAUGACAGCACUGGUAAGGAGUUCCCUGAGGCUAUUCUAUCCAAGGCACCGGCAAUGGCCUGGGGAUGA